AUGCUCCGCGGCCAGACCCUCCCCUGGAGAGCUGCGCUCCACCAAACGCCUCGCCCUUUACUCCGCCGCCCCUUCCUUACUGCGACAAGGAAUAAUGCCAAUUUCCGCUCAGCAUUAACCGCGACCCAUCUCAUCCGUUCCCUACCCUCGGCUCCCCGCACGUUCUCCUCUAGCUCCAUCCAACGGAAAGAGAAAGCCCCACCAGAGGACCAGAAUGACGAGCUAGAUCAGAAGCAAGAUGAAACAGCGCAGGAGAGUAAAGAAGCGGAUCGAGCUCCAGAAUCGCGGCGGAAAGCUGUCGACUCGAAGAUCGCCGAGCAGACAAGCUCCCGGAAGAAAGAUCGAGCAUCGAGCGACAAAGAACGGGCAAUAGAAGAAGAAACCAAGAAGGAAGCUGAGACUGAUGGAAAGGGCGAUUCGGGACAAUCACCAUCUGCCAUCCCACCUAGCAGUGGUGCGGCCGACUCGAAGCCUAGCUCCGCAAGUGGCGGCAAUAGCGGUAAUGAUGAUGGCGGGAAGAAGAGCAAAAAAGGAUCUGGGGAAAAGGCUUUGCAAAAGCCUGCUGUUCCAGAUGUCUACCCACAAGUAAUGGCGAUUCCUAUUGCAAAGCGCCCGCUCUUCCCCGGUUUCUACAAGGCAAUCACCAUCCGCGAUCCCAAUGUUGCGGCGGCGAUUCAGGAUAUGAUGAAGCGUGGCCAACCGUAUGUGGGAGCCUUCCUGUUCAAGGAUGAUAAUGCAGAUGGCGAUAUCAUUGAAAAUCUGGACGAAGUUUACGAUACCGGUGUGUUCGCUCAAAUUACAGCGGCCUACCCUCUUCGCGGCGAGGCGAGUGGUGUUACUGCCGUUCUCUACCCACACCGCCGCAUCAAGAUCUCUUCGCUACUCCCACCUAGCGAGACGACCAAGGGUAAUACAGAAGAGAAGGCGGAAAAGAAAGGUGACGUUGUGGCGAGUUUCGAAGAGGGAGCUGCUGAGUCUGUGCCUAAAGACCACUAUGAACCUACUUCCUUCCUGAAGAAAUACCCGGUCAGUUUGGUCAAUGUGGAGAAUUUAAUCGAGGAGCCAUUCGACAAGAAGAAUGGAAUUGUCCGUGCCGUGACUAGUGAGAUCGUGAACGUGUGCAAAGAGAUCGCUACCCUGAACCCCCUGUUCCGUGACCAGAUCUCGGCUUUCUACACUGACCAAUUUCCCGGAAACCUCAGUGAUGAGCCUGCCAAGCUUGCUGAUUUUGCCGCUGCAGUCUCGGCUGGUGAGCUGCAUGAGAUGCAGGAGGUGCUUGAGACUAUGAACAUCGAGGAGCGUCUUCCUAAAGCGCUUGUCGUGUUGAAGAAGGAAUUAAUGAAUGCGCAGCUCCAAUCCAAAAUCACCAAGGACGUGGAGGCCAAGAUUCAGAAGCGCCAGCGGGAAUACUGGCUUAUGGAGCAGAUGAAGGGAAUUAAGAGAGAGCUUGGUAUUGAGUCCGACGGCAAGGAAAAGCUAGUUGAAAAGUUCAAGGAGAAGGCAGAGAAGCUUGCGAUGCCCGAGGCUGUUAAGAAGGUCUUUGACGAGGAGAUCAACAAACUGGCUCACCUCGAGCCUGCUGCAUCCGAGUUCAACGUCACUCGCAAUUACCUGGACUGGUUGACUCAGAUCCCCUGGGGCCAGAAGAGUGUGGAGAAUUUCGGUAUUAAGAACGCGGUCUCUGUUCUCGAUGAGGAUCACUACGGCCUGAAGGACGUCAAGGAUCGGAUUCUGGAGUUCAUCGCCGUGGGCAAGCUUCGCGGCACCGUGGAAGGAAAGAUUCUUUGUCUCGUUGGGCCCCCCGGUGUGGGAAAGACCAGUAUCGGAAAGUCCGUGGCUCGCGCCUUGAACCGACAGUACUACCGCUUCUCUGUGGGUGGCUUGACUGAUGUCGCAGAGAUCAAGGGCCACCGACGGACGUAUGUCGGUGCUCUUCCUGGGCGUAUCAUUCAAGCUCUCAAGAAGUGCCAAACUGAAAACCCCCUCAUCCUGAUCGAUGAGGUGGAUAAAAUUGGACGUGGUCACCAGGGUGACCCGUCCUCCGCGUUGCUGGAGUUGCUUGACCCCGAGCAGAAUUCCUCCUUUUUGGACCAUUACAUGGAUGUGCCUGUCGAUCUGUCCAAGGUUCUGUUUGUCUGCACCGCCAACGUCACCGAUACCAUCCCUCGUCCGCUACUGGACCGCAUGGAGCUUAUCGAGCUGUCCGGAUACGUAGCUGAUGAAAAGAUGGCGAUUGCUGAGCGAUACUUGGCUCCCGCUGCCCGAGAGUUGACUGGCCUGAAGGAUGUUGAUGUGAACCUCGAGAAGGAAGCAAUCGAGGAGCUCAUCAAGUCCUACUGCCGGGAGAGCGGUGUCCGUAACCUGAAGAAGCAAAUUGAGAAGGUCUACCGGAAAGCGGCCUUUAAGAUCGUCCAGGAUCUGGGAGAGGAGGUGUUCCCGGAAGAGGCGGCACUGACCGAAGAAGGCAAGGCGGCCCAGGAGGAGUCAAAAGAGCACGAGUCAACAGAUCCAGCUGAUGCUCCGCUUGAGCCUGAGAAGUCGACCACCGAGACGCCUCGCAUCGCUCUCAAGGUCCCCGAAAGCGUGCAUCUCAGCAUCGGCAAGGAUACCCUGAAGGAUUACGUGGGGCCCCCAGUUUUCACUGCAGACCGUCUGUAUGACAAGUUUCCGCCUGGUGUUACCAUGGGUCUUGCCUGGACUAGCAUGGGUGGCGCUGCGCUGUACGUUGAAUGUAUCUUGGAGAAUGCUUUGAAGCACGAGUCGCGGCCAGGGCUGGAGAUCACAGGCAACCUACAAAAUGUCAUGAAGGAAUCCUCGCACAUCGCCUACUCCUUUGCCAAGUCAGUCAUGGCGAGACAGUACCCCGAGAACGCCUUCUUUGAGAAAGCCAAGGUCCACAUGCACUGCCCCGAGGGUGCUGUUCCGAAGGAUGGCCCAUCUGCUGGUAUUACUAUGGCUAGCGCACUGUUAUCCCUGGCGCUCAACCACCCGCUUGACCCGACCAUCGCCAUGACUGGUGAACUGACUGUCACUGGAAAGGUUCUGCGCAUUGGUGGUUUGAGAGAGAAAACGGUGGCUGCUCGUCGGGCUGGUGCGACCACAGUCAUCUUCCCGGCCGAUAACACAUCAGAUUGGCUUGAGUUGCCCGAGAAUAUCAAGAAGGGCAUCACAGGCCACCCAGUUAACUGGUACUCCGAAGUGUUUGACCUCCUCUUCCCUACCCUGGACCAUGAGGCAGCACGUACGAUCUGGCAGAAGGCGCUGAGCAAGCCCGACAAAAGCGAUCGCAGCUCAAAUGAUGAUUAA